UCAAAAUAUAUUAAGUAUUGACUGCGUUUUGAAUAAAUAAAUUCUGGAAAAUUAUGAGCGUUGGUCAUAUGAUCUACAGUCUAGAGUUCCUAUUCUUUUAUUUUAUCUUCUAUAGAAAUUUCGUAGUUAUAUGUUAAAUUAAGAGUAAUUUUUACAUUUAUUAUACACUUUAUACGAUUUAAAUGGAAGUGAAAUUCGCGUGAAGGAUUUUUCGUAUAAUUAAAAUUGAGACGUAAUCGUCGCAAACCACGUGACUAUUAAAGUUCACAUAUAUAUAUGUUUCAAAAUUGUAAUACAUCGUGUACGUUAUCAUAUGAUAUUUUAAUUAACUCUAUUAUAUGACAUUAAUAACAUACUUGAAUGUAAUUAAUUUGAAGUGUACAGCGUAUAGUGUAAAUACACGAUGUUUAUUUACAUUAGAAAGUAAUAAAAAUAGUAAAAAAAAUGACACGGAGGCAGUAAAAGAAGAUUUUAAUCCUACUGAACAUCAGCAUAUUCGAUAUAAUCCUUUGAAGGGAGAAUGGGUAUUAGUGUCGCCUCAUCGUACGAAACGACCAUGGGGAGGGCAUGUCGAACCAAGUGAAGAAGAAGAUCUUCCAGAAUAUGAUCCCAACAAUCCACUUUGUCCAGGAAAUGUUAGAGCUAGUGGACAGAUAACACCAAUUUAUGAAAAUACAUAUUCAUUUGUCAAUGAUUUUCCUGCAUUGGUGGAAUCAGUUCCUAGUCCAUUCAAAUCAGAUGAUGAAUUAUUUCAAAUGGAUGCUGCUAGAGGUACUUGUAAAGUAAUGUGUUUUCAUCCAAAAUCGAAUGUUACAAUAGCAAUUAUGAAAGUUUCUGAAAUUAAAGAGGUGGUUAAAAAAUGGAUUUUUGAAAUGCUCGAGUUGGGAGAAAAAUGGACUUGGGUUCAAAUUUUUGAAAACCGUGGAACUAUAAUGGGAUGUAGUAAUGCACAUCCUCAUUGUCAAAUUUGGGCUAGCUCCUUUUUACCGAACGAAGCAAAAAUAAAAGAUGGCUUUCUCAGUGAUUAUUAUAAUCGUAAUAAGAAACCACUUCUUAUAGACUAUGUGCACAAAGAGCUUUUCAGAAAGGAACGUAUUGUAUUAGAAAACCGAGAUUGGGUAGUUUUGGUUCCAUUCUGGGCAGUAUGGCCAUAUGAAACUAUGGUAUUACCUAAGAAACAAGUAUCUAGAAUGCAAGAUUUAUCAGAAAGCCAGCAAGAGACAUUGGCAGUUAUCAUGAAAAGAAUAUGCACCAAAUACGACAAUUUAUUUCAAUGCUCUUUUCCCUAUUCCAUGGGCUGGCAUGGCGCACCAACUGGUCCAUACUCAAAGCAAGAUUAUCCUUACUGGACUUUUCAUGGGAUUUACUUACCUCCUUUGUUACGCUCAGCAACAGUAAAGAAACAUAUGGUUGGCUACGAGCUACUUGCACAAGCACAAAGAGAUUUAACGGCGGAACAAGCAGCAGAAAAAUUAAGAAAUUCACCAGAAGUCCAUUACAAAUAUCCAGAAACAAGUUUAACUUGUUGUGAAAUAGAUAAAUAUUCUAAAUGAAUUAAUUUACGUAUAACAAUAUAUUUUUGUAAAUGUAUGUGUUAUACACAU